CGGAGGAAAGUAACUGGAGGCAAUAUACAAAGUAUAACGUGGUCAAUGUAAGUGGGCGUGAAAUUUGAACGAUUAAGCAGAAAGCUGCAGUGGGCAAUGCAUUGAAAUUCUAAAAUUGUUUGUGAAUAAUUUGUCUACUGAUCACUGACCUUGUGGAGGCAAAACUUUGGAAAUGGCGCGGAAAUUGUCAAAUUUGUGGGAGAAUUUCGUAAAUCAAUUCUUUUUGUAUGUACCGACUUUUGUAGUGUGCUUAACCUUCUUGCCAUGCGGCCUCUUGUUCGGCUACACAAUUUGCUCACUGAUCGCCGAGCGCACAGUGAAUGCGGGGCUCAUCGAAUAUGGCCCAAUGAUAUUUGGUGGUUGCAGCGGUUUCGUUAUUGCCAUGAUCAUGUUUUUGGUGAAAAUCUUCAAGGGGCGCAUCAUUUUUUGGCACAUCCCGCUUCUAUUGACUGCUGGUGUUAGUAAUUUAUUAGCCAGUUGUUUCUACUUUGCCAACGGCAUGGAUACUGCCGGCGCAUUCAUCUCAUACCUCGCGUACAGUUUAAAUUACAUAGCUGGCUUGAGUUUCUUGCACACCACACUCCAUAAGCGCAGCCGUUCUAUAAUGCUGACGCUUGCAUUUUCCAUCUUUCUGCUUGGCACUGCGUUGGCCGUCAGCCUUAUCGGCACCAGCUACACGCAAUCGAACGAAAAUGUCGAUGUAACAACUGCCAAAGUACCGGAUGGGCUUUAUGUACCUUUUGCUGGUGUCUACCUUGCGAUUUCCAUUGUGAUUUUAGCUGUGCUUAUAGGUUUGAAGGUGAUGGACUAUUUGGGCAUCGUUGAUUGUCAAAAUAUUUUGGAUAACGAAUUUCGUAUCGCGAAUUCGAAUGGCAGCAUUUUUGACAAACGCAAGGACAUCAUUAAACGUGUCAAGUUUCUUUAUGUUACCAAGAAUCAACAGUGGAACGUCACUUUGGUGGUGCUCUUCACCGAAGCUAUACAGUAUGCGCUCUUUGUGUACUUUAUUUUUUGGUUUGUAUUGAAUCCAGCUAUACGCCUGACUGCCGUGGACAAUGUGGAUGCAAUGCUGUGGGUGGUUUUCGCCGGUUCAGCUGUGUGCGUUCUGAUUGUGGUGUUCUUCAGUGUGAAAGUCACAUUUGUAGCCAAUGAGAUUUGCCUUAUUAUACUCUGUAUUUUGAGUAUGAUCAUUUGCAGUUCAGUGGAUACGACAGUACCGUUAUGGUUUAUACUAUUCUUCUUCGGCCUGUCGUUUUCAAAUUUACAAAUUUCACUUGUGGAAGUUACACAUUUCCGCUUUACUGAGUUGCUUUUCUUUGUGUCUUAUUUGGCCAAAUUGAUUAGCACCGGUGUGGUGUAUUAUUAUUUUGUGUCGAAUUCUAAAAAUUCCUUUUUCUACGCAACGGACGAAAGUACAAUAAUGGCGCAGGGAUUUGUGUACCUCAUAAUCACGGCGCUGGUUGCGCUCGUGGUGGGCGUAAAAGUGCCGCGUACGCAUUGCAUGACACUCUUCGAAAUACAAUACGAUUUACUAGGCAUAAUCUUUAAGCAGCAUGAGAUUGAGCAACUGGAUGUGACGUGCCUGCAGGAUGGAUCUAUUCCAACGAUAAGUGCGCAUGCCCACUAUUGA